AUGGAGGCCACCGUCCGGCUGUUAGACAACGAGCCAAACGUUUCCGUGCAGGUGCUGUGGCGAGGUGCUGAGCUGAACUUGCUGCGCUCUCGCGAGGAGCCUGUGGAGCGCUUUCUGCAGCGGUUGGCCUUGAGCUGUAGCAAGCAAGCAAAUCGUCUUCUUGGUGGUCCCGACAAGAAGAAGGCCAAGAAGGAGAGCAAUCAGAAGCAAAAGAAGACCCAGCAGGCGGCCUCGGCGCCAGAGGCAGCUGGCACGUCUGGUGCACAGCCAGCCAGCUCGGUGUCUGUUGCUCUCUACGAAGCGAACGAAGAGAAGGUGGCGGUGGGGACACCUGUGGCUGAGGCCCUACGCCGCGCAUCCCACGUGGUGAUAGAGGGCGAGCGGGUGCCAAUCAGUGUCAACCCACCGUCAGUGCAGAAGCUGGAGGUGUUUGGCCGUGCCCUGGCUGGAUGCCCAUUGUCUGCCAUACUUCGUUGUGAGUUCUGCGACGCAUCCACGUUCACGCUGCGCUGGCUCACUCAGGUUGCAGCUGGGGCCUCCGGCCUUGUUCAAGUUGGUCAUGGCAACGUCUUUUGGGUUCCCGAGGCCGCCAAAGGUCGAACUCUGCAUGUGGAGGCUGAACCUCACCCAAGCGUUCCCAGCACAUCGCGCUCCAAAGGUUCUGUGCGCGUUGGUGUUGUGGAGGAGGUGCCUCGAGGAUGGCCCGAACAAAGAGUUCAGGCCUUUGGUAAGCGAGCAGCCAACCCCUCCACCAUCCGAGUUGUCAGUUUCAACAUUCUCGCUGUGCCCUAUGCCAGAACGCAGCUGGCCACACAAAUAAUGUACCCCUACUGCCCAUCGCAGAUCCUGGACUACGCUUAUCGACAACCUUUGCUAGGCAGAGAAAUCCAGCGGUUGGACGGAGAUAUCGUCUUCCUGCAGGAGUGCACGUAUUUCACCUACCUGAAAUUCUUUCAGCCUUUGUUCGGCGAGAGGUACCACCUCCGCUGCUCCCUCAAAGCAAGCCACGUCUCUGAGGGUUGCUUGGUAAUGGUCCGCACGGAGUCGUUUGAGGUGCUCCAAGAAAAAGACUGCUUGUUCAGGAACUUGCUGCGGACCAGCCAAGCUUUUCGGCCACAACUGCAGGAAGUGGCUGCCAAGUGGCCGGACUUCUUGACAGGAAUUCUGCCAAGGAUGUCCACGGUCUUCCAGCUGACAGUUGUGAGGCACAGGGCAUCUGGCAGGAUACUUGUGCUCGCCAACACGCAUCUCUUCUACCACCCCAAUGCCAGGCACAUACGCCUUCUGCAGAUCAUGUGCCUGCUGCAUGAAGUACAGGAGUUGCGCAACCAGCACAAAGAUGCAAAAGGCGAACUUCCCCACAUAAUCUUCGCUGGUGACCUAAACUGCCUGCCGGAGACUGGAGCAGUGCAGCUGCUGCUCACGGGGCAGGUUCCCAGCGACCACGAGGAUUGGGAAACCUCUUCCCAAUUCGCCUGGCGAGAUGAGGAGGCUUCAGCUGACACGGGAGAGGCUGAAGAGAUUCCGAAGUCGUCGGUGCCCUCCAUGGAGGCUGAUGAGACCGAUGUCGUCGAACCUCUGCCGAGGGAAGCUUGGCAGAAGGGCUCUGGGAUUGCUCUACAGAAUCCACUGGGAGCGCUGGUGGAUGUGUAUGCUAAUACCCCGCAGAAGUUCACCAACUAUGUUCACGACUUCAGCGGCAUUCUGGACUACAUUCUCACAGAUGGCCAACUACAAGCAACGAAGUGCCUGCUUGCGCCUGCUGAAAAGGACGUGGAGGUCCACGGUGGGCUUCCCAGUGUACUUCACCCGAGCGAUCACCUUUCAAUAGCUGCGGACCUAACAUUCAGGACCAGCUCAUAG